ACCAUGACUAAAUUAGUAAAUUACACUCUUAACAAUUCCAAAACAUGCGAGCGGGGAGCGGCUAUAGGGAUUGGGGAUGGCGACAGGAAGUGCCGGGAGGGGAAGUGACGACGGAGUGGAGGAGUUUCUACGGGAAGAGGGGACGAGACGUAGACUGGCGAUGGCGAGAUAGGAGCUGCUACGCUGAUUGGGGAUGGCGACAAUGCCGACGGGAAGCCAGGACGGGAAGUGUAGACGGUGGCAGGCUUUGGUGCCGCUCUUCUCCCUCUGUUCAUGGAGAGUCGAAAACGAAAACUGAAUGAGAGUUAGGGUUUAUUUCCCAGCCCCACGAUUUUGCCUUUCGUUUUCAAUUUUCCUUUUCAAUUUUUUUUAUCAAACAGAACGGUCGGAAGGGGAAAAUCAAGAGAUUUUGUGCCCGGGUGGCAGCUUUAGCGGUCCGGCCGGCUCAGUCCGGUCUUAAUAACACUACAUAAUACAAUAUAAAUUUAAUUUUUGG